GGCGCACAACCUCUGGGAUCGAGUUGUAGUUUCCUGCUCGGACCGCUUGUGCUUGGAGUCUGGACCGUUGGGGUUGUGGAUGUCUGCAGGCGGACUUCGUGUCCCACGUGCUUUGUGCCGGGCUCUGAGAGUUGCAGCGUGAGAUGUUAAAGUGACACCAAGGACAGUGAUGUUGGUGGAUGGAGGUUGGCCGUCUACCUUAACAGCAAAGACACUAAACAGAUGUUUCAAGAUGCUGUGCCCUUACCCAUGUCUGAGCUUGUCCACACUUCCAUCCUGAUGUCCUUAUGUGGGUGAAGAUGAUCCCAACCUGGAGCCAGCACAGAAAAGCCCAUAACCUGUGGUCCUCACCACCUCUACAGCAGUGAAGGUCGUCAGUAUCAUCCUAUGGACCCACCACACCCAUCUGAAGAAGGCUCCAGGAGAUAACAGAGAUGGGUGGUCACCAGGUCCUCCAACUCCCUAAAGAUAGGACUAACGGUCUGUUAACUUUCAAAGACGUGGCCAUAGAAUUCUCCCAGGAGGAGUGGGAAUGCCUGGACUCUGCUCAGCGGACUUUGUAUAGAGAUGUCAUGUUAGAGAUCUACAGCAUCCUGGUCUCUGUGGGUCUUUCAAUAUCAAAACCAGAGCUACUCACCUGUCUUGAACAAAAUGAAGAACCCUCCAUUGCAAAAGGCAUAGAACCAGUCCUGUCUUGCUUUCAUAACAAGGAGCUGUUCAAAAUAGAGAGCAAACAAGAAUCCGCCCAGAGAGAAGGACCAGGACAAUUUGGAAGUUCCAGGCUUGGAAAGUUACACGUAAAUCUACCUAAUGACAUGGACUGCAAUGUAGAUCAACAUAAGACUGUGUAUGAGAAUCCAGUAGGACAUGAAAGCCAUCAUUGGUUAGGUAUUUCUGAAUACUGCCACAGAUAUCAGGAAGAUAAUAAAGGCCUUACUACAGACUCUGCACUGCAUAAUAACCACAACAGUCAGUGUACAGAGAUCACUUACCAAGGUAACGACUCCUGGAAUACCUAUAAACAAGAUGUAACUCCUCGUGAAGGACAGAGAAGUAAUUGUUUUCUGGAGAAUUGUUACAAUAAUAACAAAUGUACGGAUGUCCCUGGUCAGUGCACACACUCACCUUUGUACCAGCAGGACUGUAGCCAAGAGAAGCUGUCCACAAGCAGCCAGCAGGAUAAAAUUGCAAAUGAGUCCUCAAAUUGUAGUCAAUGUACUGAAAUUAAGGCUAGAGGAGAAUUUAACAGACAGAGAUAUGAUAAGUACAGCAAAAUUUCUAUUGAAUCACCAAGCAUUGAUAGGGAUAAGGUAAAUGAUAUUCAAAGAAAACCAUGCCUGUUUAUGGGGAGUGAUAAAUCCUUCAAUUUAUAUUUAAAUAUGACUCAAAAUGAUUCAAGCCACACUAGAGAGAAAACUCAAAAAUAUAAAGUAUAUAAACUGGAGAUAACCUCUCCUUCGAAACUUGUUGGGCAUCCGAGAUCCUUUGUUCAACAAAAACAUAGGAAAUCUGGGAAAUGCUCCAGGAACUCCUCAGGGCUCAGUAGACUUAAGAUGCUUCAACCUGGAGGAACGCCAUGCAAAUCUACAGAAUGUGGGAAGUCCUUUUCUCAGUUCUCAGGCCACAGAGAGAAUUAUACAAUCCAUACUGGAGAAAAACCUUAUAAAUGUAAAAUAUGUAAAAGAUCUUUUACUACAGGUUCAUAUCUGCAAGCUCAUCAGAGAAUCCACACUGGUGAGAAACCAUAUAAAUGUAAAGAAUGUGGCAAGUCCUUUACUCACAGCUAUUCUCUUCGAAUUCAUCACAGGUUUCAUACUGGAGAGAAACCUUACAAAUGUAAAGAUUGUGGCAGGUCUUUUGCUGAGGGCUCAUCUCUUAAAUCCCACCACAGAAUCCAUACAGGAGAGAAACCCUACAAAUGUAAAGAAUGUGGAAAAUCCUUUGCCAAACAAUCAAAUUUUGAAACUCAUAGCAGGAUUCAUACUGGAGAUAGACCUUACAAAUGUGCAGAUUGUGGCAAGUCCUUUACCAGGAGCUUCUGUCUUCGAAAACAUCACAAAACCCAUACUGGAGAGAAAGCUUAUAAGUGUGAAGAAUGUGGAAAGGCUUUUACCCAGCGUUCAACUCUUAAGACCCACUACAGAAUCCACACUGGAGAGAAACCUUACAAAUGUAAUGAAUGUGGCAAGUCUUUUACCGAGGGCUCAACUCUUAAAACCCACCUCAAAAUCCAUACUGGAGAGAAACCUUACAAAUGUAAAGAAUGUGGCAAGUCUUUUGCUGAGGCCUCAACUCUUAAAACCCACCAUAGAAUCCAUACAGGGGAGAAACCUUACAAAUGCACAGAUUGUGGCAAGUCCUUUACCCAGAGCUCACAUCUUCAAAGCCACUGCAGAAUCCAUACAGGAGAGAAACCUUACAAAUGCAAAGAAUGUGGCAAAUCUUUUGCUAAGGACUCAUCUCUCCAAAAACAUCACAGAGUUCAUUCAUGAGAGAGUCUUUACAGAUGUAAAGAAUGUUCAAAAUCCAUUACUUGGUUCUCAAAUCUUAUAGAUCACCCUGGAAUCCAUAUUGGAAACAAACAUUACAAAUGCAAAGAAUGUUUGAAGUCCGUUACCACAGGCUGUAAAUUUAGAACACAUUAUAAAAUUUAAGCAUCAGACAAAAGCAAGGGUAAUUACUGAUACAUUGUUCACCCAAGAAGUAUGUUUUGUUUUUGUUUUGUUUUUAAUAUGAAGAAUGGAUGGAAGUCUUUAACCACUCACUGUUCAACUCUUCAAUAUUGGAGUCACAUCAUGUAUCCCUAUACUGGUUUGAAUUUGAAAAAAAUUUCCAGUGUGGUGGUUUGAAUAUGCUUGGCUGAGGGAGUAGUACACAACUAGGAGGUGUAGCCUUGUUUGAAUAGGUGUGGCCUUGCUGGAGGAAGUGUGUCACUGUGGGGGUAGGAUUUGAGACCCUCUUUCUAGUCAUCUGGGAGCCAGUUUGCUACUGUUUGCCUCCUGAACAAAAUGUAGAACUCUCAGCUCCUCCUGUGCCGUAUCUGCCUGGACGCUGCUGUACUUUCUCCCUUGAUUAUGCUCUGAGUCUCUGAACCUGUAAGCCAGCUUUGAUUAAAUGUUGUUCUUUUAAGAGUUGCCUUGAUCAUGUUAUCUUUUCACAGCAAUGGAAACCCUAACUAAGACACCCGAAAAUGCAUCUUAUAUUCACUCUGGUGGUUUGACUGAAAAUAGCAUACACAGAUAUAUAGGGAGUGACAUUAGAGGGUGUGGCCUUGUUGGAGUAGGUGUGGUUUUGUUGGAAGAAGUGUGUCAUUGGAUUGGGCCUUGAGGUUUCAGAUGCUCAAGUGAAACCCACUGUCAUUCUUUCUUCCUGGUGCCUGCUGAUCCAAAUGUAGAAAUCUCAGCUAUCUAGAGCACCAUGUCUGCCUGCAUGCCAUUAUGUUUCCCACCAUGAAUACAAUUUACAAAAACUCUGAAUCUGCAGGUCAGCCAAAAUAAAAUAUUUUCCUUUAUAGGAGUUACUGUAGUUAUGAUGUCUCUCCACAGCAAAAAAAACCACUAACUAAUAUAUUCACUAAACAAUUUCUUUGAAAAUGAACUAUGCCGGGCGGUGGUGGCACACACCUUUAAUCCCAGCAUUUGGGAAGCAGAGGCAGGCAGAUUUCUGAGUUCAAGGCCAGCCUUGUCCACAAAGUGAGUUCCAGGACAGCCAGGGCUAUACAGAGAAACCCUGUCUCGAAAAACAAAACAAAACCAAAAACCAAAAGACAAACAAAAAUGAACUACAUAUGUACUAAUGUUUCAUACAGAAUUUUUCUAAAAUCAACUACUAAUAAUGGUAUAGAAUUCAUGUUAUAUUUGACUAAACUGGUAAUAAUUUAAAACGUAUGAACUUGUACCUGAGUAAGAUUUCUCAUAACCAUCGAAAGUAAAAACUGUUGCAUAAUAUUUGUAUAUUUCAGUGGAACAGGAUAUUUUUAUAUGAUGAAAAGAUUACUGUUGAUACUAUUUGAGCUUUAAGUUUAUGUUACAGAUUGUUUAUAAUGUUAAAUUACCUUCUUUGUCUCGACUAUGAAUAAAGAAAUUGGAGCUUA